CAGCCGAAUCCAAUCCACCAGCCAAAAAAUGGGCCUCAGCCCCUCGAAGCGGGUGGACGCGGCGCUCCGGCGGGCGCCGGCGUUCGCCGCCGCCUGCGACGCCGCCUUCGACCGCUGCCUGGCCGACGCCCAGCGCGCCUUCGAGGGCGUCCGCCCGUACCAGCUUGCCGACGCGUCCGCGCACCUCCACUCGGCGCUCCGGGCUUCCCUCCCGCUCGUCCGCCGCUGGGUGCCCUCGCCGCCCCCGCGCGCCCGCGUCGACGGCGCGCUGCGCGCCGCGGGGCUGGAUGGCGCCGGGGAGCUCUCGCGGGAACAGUUCGGGGAGUUCGCCGCCGAGCUGUUCAGGGAGGCCGUGCUGGCGGGCGCGAUGGGGGCGGCGCUCGUCCGCGCCCCGGCCGGCGCCGCCGGGAUCGUCGGGGUGGGCGUCGUGUCCCGUGCCGGCGCCGGGGCCGUCGGGAGAUUGGUCGCCGUCUAUGCCGCCGGCGUCACCGCUGCUGUUUACCUGAGCUUGGGCUAGGUUUUCCCUGUGUUACGUCGUAAAUCUGAUCAAUAAUCUUCUGCCACUCCGCUGUAUUUCGCGUGGUAGCUUCUUGCAUAGAGAUUGCAUACUAGUGAUGGUCAGUAGAAAGUGAGACGCGCACCGGUUGCUGUGUUCUUGUUACUCUGAUGCUUCCAUAUCUUACAUAGGAGUAUUAAACUUGAUGGAUCAUGGAUGAUGGAUGUAAUGGAUCAAUCAUGAAGCUUUCUACUUCUGAGUAGCCACCACUGAAGUUUCAUACACAGCGGAGAAAAAUUCAGAACUUCAGAUGUAAACA